ACAAAACGCGACAACAAUACAAGCGUGCGCGGAAGCUCAUCAUUCUGAUCACAAAAGAUGUUCCAGUUUUUAGCGGGAUUAGUUUCUAGGUCUUUCACUACAAAAAUGAUGUCACUUCUAAUGAUGCUAUCCACCAGUAUUAUUCUUUCUUCACAAGUUUCUGCUCUGGAGUGCCACACAUGUGCUGAUCUUUCUCGUCACAUUGGACAAUCAUCAUUAGAAUGUGAAGCAUCUUACCUUAAGAACCACACCAGCGAGCUCUUACAAGGAUGUGCAGUUCCUCCCUCUGGAUUCACGACCCGCUGUACUAAAUUUGGUGGCGAGGCUAAACACAAAAAAUCAGCUGGAUCAAGUGUACUAGUGGAUGGUGUCUCCAGGGGAUGUGGACUAUUCAAGGAGUCCUCUAUACCAGAAAACAAAUGUUAUGUUGGAGAAGAGGCUAAUCCCUGGCUGCCUUAUCUAGUACCUAGCUCAGAUGGUGCUACGGUCAAUGGAGUAAUCUGCUUCUGUGAGGGCUCUGGCUGUAAUGGUGUAGCCUUCCUCAAGCCGUUUUCAUGGUUGUUCCUCAGUGCACUCACUAUGUUGUGUGUAUUACUAAGGUAGAAUGUGUUACUCUUUCUUUCUAUUCGUUUUGUGUACAUGUAUCUUGACACGAUACUUAAUUAGCCUUAAUUUGAGCAAAAAUUUCGCAGGAUUAGGCAUGUAGUUUCAUCAUUAAAGGGACACGUUGCCUUGGAUCGGACGAGUUCGUCUUAAACAAAAGCAUUUGUAACCGUUUGUU